AUGACUCUUGUACAAAGUCCCGUUCUCCCUUCUCUUUCGCAUACUGGGCCUACCACGGAAUCGAUCAAGGCUUCGGACUUCAAAGGCCCGACUACCGUGACGGUGCAGAGUGAUGUCGAUUCAUUAUCAGAGAAGCUCGAGAAUGUUGAGUUCAAACUGGAAGAACAUCCAGUCGACGUUGUGCGACCCAUCAAAGUCGGUGUGAUAGGAGCGGGUCUUUCAGGAAUCACUGCAGGCGUGCUGCUCCCAGCAAAGCUGCCGGGAUUGGAUCUUCGCAUCUAUGAUAAGAAUGCCGAUGUGGGAGGCACAUGGUUCGAGAACACAUACCCCGGCGUUCGCUGUGAUAUCCCUGCACAUGUAUACCAGUCCAGCAUUUCGCCGAAUACACAAUGGACAGAAGAAUUCGCACAGGGCGCUGAGAUCAGAGACUACUGGCAGGGUGUUGCGCGGAAGCACAAUGUCUACCAGUAUAUUCGCCCCGGUCAAAAAGUGCAGAGAGCCGAAUGGCUGCCCGAGAAAGGAAAAUGGAAGGUUACUGUUGGGCAUGUCGAUGGCUCUAAGGUCUAUGAAGAAGAGCUGGACGUGCUGGUCAACGCCAUCGGCCACUUUAAUGCCUGGAAGCUGCCCGACUAUGAGGGAAUCGACAAUUACAAGGGGAAGCUGUUUCACUCCUCCAACUGGGACCGGACUAUCGAUCUGAAGGGUAAGCGAGUUGCUCUCAUUGGUAAUGGCGCCUCUGGCUUGCAGGUCCUACCCUCAAUCCAACCAUUGGCCAGCCACGUUGAUCACUACGCUCGAAACCCGACAUGGAUUGCAGAUUCAUUUGGCAGCGGAAACGUAGGUGUCCGUCGACUGGAGCCAAACCUGUUCUCUGAGACACAACUGGAGGAUUGGAAAGAUCCUAAAAAAUAUCUGGAAUAUCGCAGGGAAGCCGAAAAGCAAUACUUCCAGCGCUUCGGAGCAAUCUUCAAAGAUACACCGGAGAACCACGCCCUGCGCGAGAAAUGGACAAGCAUGAUGCUGAAGCGUGUUGCCGAAAAGCCAGAGUUAGCAGAUAAAAUCGUCCCAGACUUCCCUCCCAACUGCCGUCGCCCAACUCCAGGACCAGGUUAUCUCGAGGCUUUGGCCAAAGACAACGUCGACUACAUCCAAACCCGUAUCAAGCGAUUCACCGAGAAGGGUAUCGUCACCGAAGACGGCGUCGAGCGUGAAGUCGACAUCGUAAUCUGCGCAACAGGCGCAAACGAGGCCUGGAAAACGGACGGCACUUUCGGAUUCCCCUACUCAUAUCUGGGCUUCGCAACACCCGGCUUCCCCAACCUUCUCUGGCUCGGCGGGCCCUACGCCUCCGGCCACAGCGGCACCGUCCCAAACAACAUCGAGAACCAGGUCACGUAUAUCGCCAAGGUGCUGCGCAAGAUUCGCUCGCAGGGAAUCAAGUCCAUUGCUCCGGCUAAGCAGGCGACGGAUGAUUUCGUCGCUUACUGCGACCAAUUCUAUCCGCGCACGGUCUGGUCGGAGAACUGCAGCUCGUGGUAUAACGGUGGUCAACCGGGCGCUCGUAUUCAUGGUCUCUUCCCUGGAAGUGCUUCGCAUGCCAAUUAUAUUCGCAGAGAUCCGCGGUGGGAGGAUUGGGAGUAUACUUACGUCAAUCCGAGUGGGAAUCGGUUUGCGUACUUUGGUAAUGGGUGGACUCAGAAGGAGUUGGAUCCUGAUGCCGAGCUGACGCCUCAUCUUGUCCUGCCUGAGAAGAUUGAUUUGAAGUCGCAUAUGGAGGGUUGGUGGGAUGUUUGA